AUGAGUGAAUUUAAAGGCGAACCUUUGCAAGUUAUUACUACAACAGGUACUGACAAGGGGAAUUCCACUGAGCUUGUUGAAAGUGCUCUUUCGAGAAUUCUACUAGACAAGCGCGUGAAAAAUAAGAAAGUCGUUGUGGUUUCCGUUGUGGGCACUUUUCGCAAGGGGAAAUCGUUCCUCCUUGAUUUCUUCUUACGUUAUAUGUAUUCUAAUGAUAAAUCCAAUUGGCUUGGUGAUCCGAACGAACCACUAACUGGGUUUCAUUGGCGUGGAGGUGCUGAUAGGGACACCACUGGAAUUUACAUGUGGAGUGAACCAUUUCUUAUUACUAUUCCCUCCGGAGAAGAGGUAGCGGUUAUUUUCCUCGAUACACAAGGGUCAUUUGAUUGCCGUGCUAAUAUGAAACAAUCCGCUACCAUUUUUGCCUUGAGCACAAUGCUGAGCAGCAAGGAAAUAUUUAAUAUUAAGGAUAAUUUACAAGAGGAUUACUUGCAGCACCUACAAUUUUUUACGGAGUAUGGUAGGAUUGCUCUUGAAUCCGGAUAUGCUCAAACCCCCUUCCAGCAUCUUGAGUUCUUAAUUCGGGAUUGGGCUUUUGCUUACGAGUAUCCUUUUGGCAGGAAAGGAGGAAUGGAUCUCCUUAAUAAACGUCUCGAAGUCGAUGAUGAUACUCCCAAGGAGAACGUUCUUCUGCGAUCCCACAUCAAAUCCUGUUUCGCUGACCUCCAGUGCUAUUUGAUGCCGCAUCCGGGUCUCACUGUAGCCGGCAGUCCCACGUUCAAUGGACGCCUUGCUGAUAUUGAUACCAAUUUUAUUGAUCAGCUACGAGACUAUGUUCCAAGUAUACUUUCGCCCGAGUCUCUCACCGUGAAAAGUAUUAACGGGCAGCCUGUCACUUGUGGGGAACUCAUGGAAUUCUUUCGCGCCUACAUGAAAAUUUUCCAAAGUGAUGAACUACCCCAACCCGUGUCCAUGUAUGAAGCAACGGCCGAAGUUAAUAAUCUGAAUGCUUGCAAUAGGAGUCGGAAUCUCUAUGUGCAGGAGAUGAAUGAGGUAUGCGGACCUCGUAAAGCGUAUGUGUCAAACAAGGUGGUUGAUGAUGCUCAUCAACGUUGUCAGGAGAAAGCCUUGAAGGAGUUCAGGCGGUCUCCUAAAAUGGGUGGAGAAGAUCUAGCCGAAGGCUACGAAAAGAAGCUGAUUCAGGAGAUUGAGGAACUCUACAUGAACUACAAGAUGUCCAAUCAAAAUAAGAACACUGUUGAGCACUUCAAGACGCCCAUGGUGUUGGUAACCAUUCUCUUCUUAUUUUACUUUUUGACUGGUGUCUUGGAUGCUGUUGGCCUCUCUAUGAUCUCCAACCUCCUACUCAUUCCUUUCUGGCUGCUGCUGACAGCUCUUGGUACGUGGAUCUUUGUACGCUGUACUGGAAGUGCGACGGAAAUCGGCGAGCAGAUUGAUAAUGUGGCGCAGUCGCUUGUGGAUUAUGUAAGUUACUUCUCAGUUUUAUGUUCUCAUCUUGGUGGCGGUGUUGUUUGCCAAAUGGAAGAGGUGGGCAAGGAAUUCCUUGAUGAGCAAGAACUUGUGUUAGUUUUUCGAGGUGCCUGA